UGAAAACUAAUUCUCAUUAGGUCCAAUCAUCUGCUAACUAAAAACUUGAUUUAUAUGAUUUAGAAAAUCCAAAACAUUGAUAAAGCCGUAUUCUGGUAUUUCGUAUUCUUUCACAGUGUUUAAAUUUACGAAAGAAAUGGGUUCAAAAUCCCAAGCUUUAUUGUUCCAUAUACAAGCAGAAUGUAAAACAACGAGAUCUCGCGCUGGUCUCAUAAAACUACCACACUAUUCUGUUAAAACUCCUGUUUUUAUGCCUGUUGGAACACAGGGCACUAUGAAAGGAUUAUUACCAGAACAGUUGGAAGAAUUGGGAUGUGAAAUAAUUUUGGGCAACACAUAUCACCUGGGUAAUCGACCUGGAACUGAAGUGUUAGAAAAAAUUGGUGGUCUUCAUAAGUUUAUGUCCUGGAAUAGAGCACUUUUAACAGAUUCAGGAGGAUUUCAAAUGGUGUCAUUGCUUAAAUUGGCUGAAAUAACAGAGGAAGGUGUUAAAUUUAGGUCACCUUAUGAUGAUACAGAAAUAAUGUUAACACCAGAGAAGUCCAUUGAAAUUCAAAACUGUAUAGGUGCAGAUAUCAUAAUGCAACUUGAUGAUGUUGUACAGACUACUUUUCAAGAUUAUGAUCGCAUUAAAGAAGCUACAGAGCGAACUAGCAGAUGGUUAGACCGUUGUUUGAAGGCCCAUAAGAGACCAUCUGAACAAAGUAUAUUUCCAAUUGUUCAAGGUUUAUUAAACAAAGAGUUAAGAGAGAAAAGUGCUAGAGACCACAUGACUAAGAAUGUUAAUGGAUUUGCAAUUGGGGGACUAAGUGGAGGUGAAUCAAAGGAUCAGUUUUGGCCCAUGGUCAGUUUAAGUACAGGUAUUUUAGACAAACAUAGACCAAGAUAUCUCAUGGGAGUAGGCUUAGCUAUAGACCUAGUUGUAUGUGUUGCUCUUGGUGUGGAUAUGUUUGAUUGCGUAUUUCCAACACGUACGGCAAGGUUUGGGUGUGCUCUUACUAAUAAAGGACAACUAAAUUUGAAACAAAAAAAAUAUGAAACAGACUUGAACCCUAUUGACAAUGAGUGCACAUGUUCUACCUGCAAAAACUACACAAGGGCUUACUUACAUUGCAUUGUCACUGUAGAAACUGUGGCUUGUCAUCUUAUAUCUGUCCACAACAUAGCCUAUCAGAUGCGCUUGAUGAAGACUAUGAGAGAAAAUAUAGAAAAAGGAACAUUUCCACAAUUUGUAAAAACAUUUGUCAAUGAACUAUAUAGUGAUGGUAAUGUUCCAUCUUGGGUUUUAGAGUCAUUAAAUUCUGUUGGAAUUAAUAUAAGAUGAUUAACUUUUUCAUCCUAUACACACUUUGUAAUUGAUACAAUAGACAAUACAUAAAUUGAAUGCUUAUUAUUAAAAUGAUAUUAAAAGGUAUUUACUCAAUUUAUUUUAUUUUCACAUAAAGUCAUCAGAAUCAUUUCCAUCAUAAUUAGUUGUCAUAUUUUCAGGUUUCAUUAAUGUUGAAUAACUUUUGAGCUCAGCCUCUUCCUUCUUCUUUUUCUCCUCUUCUUUUUCCUUUUCCUUUUUUUCCCUUAAUAAUUUCUUUUUAUCUUCUCUUUCAGACCUAUCUCUGUUUUCUCUUUCUAGCCUUAAGUCAGGGAAUGCUUCUUUUUUGGUUCUAUUGAGUCUAUUAACAAUUUCGUUGCUUUUUUUGGCAACUCUAACUUUUCUGACAUCUUUGUCUUUAUGAAAUGCUACUUGUCCAGCCUAAAAAUAUUUUUUUUACACAUAAUAUCAUGAAUUACACAAGUAAAACCAAACAGAAUUAAAAAACAAAACAGAAUACUUACCUCCAUAGAUGGUGUCUUUUUAAGAUUUGUCCACAUGGUGUAAACUAUGUCAAUAUCAUUCAUUUUAUUUCCCAAUAUUGAAUUUGCUUUAACCAGCUGGCAAGCAUCAUCAAGGACAGAAUUAGGGAUGUCAUCAAUGGUUUGACCCUGUAAUAUCAUAAGUUAACAAUUUAAUCAAUUAAAUCAAUUUUUAUAUGAACUGCUUUUCAUUUCCUUUCAACAUUGAACAAAAUGUAGAAAGAUGCCUGUAAAGGACAU